GGUUGGGAAAAGAGCCACGACGUCGUAUAGGAAAGAGUAGAAAAGGUCGUCGUGCAAAACUAUCGCCUACUCUCUCUGCUCUAGAAAUCCACAGUCUCCGGCUUAGGGUUUCUGAUCCAAAACCGAAACGCAUCCAUGGCUCAGAUAGGUCUCACCAGGGUCAUCCUCAUCGCCGGAGCAGGUUACACUACCUCCAUCCUCGCUCGGAACGGCAAGCUCUCCGACGUGCUCGCUGAACUUCAGGCUUUGUUGAAAGGAUCAGGAGAGCAUGAAGGAGAUUCUGAUAAAGUUGCGUCGCAGAUGUAUAACCGAUUGCUGGAUGAGAUACGCACUGCACGACAAACUGUUGUUCUGAAUGCCAAUGCUGGCCAGGGUAGCUUGUCAUUUCUUAUAAUGCCAGCUGCUACACUGGGGGCAGUGGGAUAUGCUUACAUGUGGUGGAAGGGCCUUAAAUUCUCGGAUCUCAUGUAUGUGACAAAGCGUAAUAUGACUGCUGCUGUUACAAACCUGACCAAAAGUCUGGAUACUGUAAAAGAAGCUGUUGUUAAUACAAAGAAGCACCUGACGCAGAGGAUCCAGAAUUUGGAUGAUAAAGUGCUGGAACAAAAUGAACUCUCAAAGACAAUUAAGAAUGAUGUUGCUGGGGUGCAAUAUUCUCUGACUGAAAUGGACUUUACGUUGAGUCAGCUGCAGUGUUUGGUUGCUGGUCUGGAUGGGAAGAUUUGUUCUCUUGAAGAAAAGCAGGAUUUCGCAAAUAUGGGUGUUGCUUACCUCUGCAACUUUGUUAGUGGGAAAAAAAUUGAAAUGCCUGGAGCUCUGCAGAAGCAACUAAAACUUUCUGAUAAUGGACGGGGUAGCCGAUUGCUCUCAUAUUCAGAACCAAACGUGAUGGGGCUUAAAGAAAUUGCGGAAUCUUUGACUUCCCGUUUGAGUACUGAUGGUAUCGUGCAAGAUGAUAUUACCAAGUUAGAAGAGCCUCCAAAGAACUUGCUGAGGUCGGUGUCAACCAAGUGUUGAUCUUCGUAUAGCCAUGUGGCUAAUGAUGCUUUAUGUAGGCUCUCCAUUCAAGUUUGAUUGUAUACAAUCUUAGUUCUACCGCAUUUUAUUUUCUCAAAGCUUCGGAUUAUGGUGAGAAUGAAGUAAAUAUAACUUUGGAGCUUCUAACGUUAUCUUGUCUACUGUUGAACAAAUUGUGUGAGAUGCCAUUAUAAGGCUGAAGUAAUGGUUGAAUUAUUAUCAGACUUUGGUUGCCUUUUUUCUUUUAGAUCAGUUCUAGCUUAUUUCUGUGAGGUAACCAGGCGGGCAGCCCUCGACUCCUUUGUAAUGAAUUUUCGUGCUAAUAAGCUGGUUAUCGAAGCUUUUGUUUAUUUACAUUCUACUUUGCUCCUCCCAACAACCUAUUGAACUACAUAUAGCACACAAUUUUCUAAUCAAAAUGUUCUUAUUCUCUAUUCUCCUUUGAUUCUUAGGCAAUUCGC